AGAACAUAGACCAUAGCUGCCGGUUUCAUAUGCUAUCAUAGCAACAACCAGUAAACACACGUAGGCCAAAUUGGUUCACGCGACGCACCUGCAAUAUCGCGAGAACGAAAACCACAUCUUUUGACACUUAAUAAGUAAAACGGUAUUUCACACAGUAAUGGCGUCUUCUGUUUCUGCGUUCCGGGACGCUGCCGCGGCUGCGCUCAACACCGAGGAGAAACUUCUGGAAGAUUUCCAACGCGACUCGCAUCCUGACAAGGUUUGUCUCGCGCGCAGAGAAUAUGUAGGUGAGGAUGGCAAGCCCAUAGUGAAUCCUCUCAUCCAGAAGAUCAAACAGCAAAUCGCAACUGACCCCACCCUUACCCCAGAGUACCCACCUCCACUUGGCAUCCCAGAAUUCAGCAGCAGGGCAUCACAGUUGGCUUUAGGUCGGGAUAGCCUUGCCAUUGUGGAGAAUAGGGUUUUAGGUGUGCAGACGGUAGGCAGCGCCGGAGCAGUGCGUCUGGGAGCAGAGUUACUGAAGCGCUGCUACUGCGUCAGCUCUUCCUGGGCCGGCCACAUUCUCCUGUCUUCUCCGUGUGAUGAAUCAUUACCUGGUAUCUUUGAGGCAGCAGGCUUUGGGGUGGUGAAACGCUACCGCUACUGGGACGGAGGGAGUCGCGGAGUGUGUGUGGAAGAAAUGGUAGAGGACCUGGAGAAAGCUCCGGAAGAAAGCGUGGUGGUCUUGUCCGCCUCAGGACACAGUCCCACCGGAGCCGAUCUCUCACAGGACGAAUGGAAAUGUGUGACUGAAAUCCUGGUGAAACGUCGGCUUCUGCCCUUCUUCUUGCUGCCAGCUCAGGGUUUGCAAAGCAAGGACAUUAAUCAGGACUCCUGGGCACUGAGAUAUUGUGUAUCUUUGGGGAUGGAACUACUGUGUGCUCAGUGCUUCUCCCACAACUUCAGCCUGUAUGGAGACAGAGUGGCUCACCUCCUGUGUGUUCUGAAGGAGAACGCCACUCUGGUGGCUGUCCAAUCCCAGGCAGAGAAGAUCGUCCAAACACUCUGGUCCCGCCCACCAGUGGAAGGUGCCAGAGUGGUGACAACGGUGCUCAGCAAUCCUGCACAUAUGGUGGAAUGGCAGGAAGGGCUGAAAGAUACAGUGGAGAGAUGCAUGCUGAUGAAGGAGCGUCUCCAAGAGAAGCUGCGGCUGUUAGGAAGCCCAGGCACAUGGGAGCACUUGAUUAAGUCGGGAGGAAUCUACUGCUGUAUUGGACUCUCUGUUCAGCAGGUGGAAUUUCUGGUGAAGAAGAGGCAUGUGUAUGUGCUCCCGGGUGGCUGCUUCAACGUGAGUGCCAUCAAUAGCAGUAACCUCGACUACGUAGCAGAAUCUCUUCAUCUUACUUUAACCACUCAACUCUGACCUUGGCUGACAUCACACAGAAUAGACGGUUAUGUCUGAAAUGGAUGUUGUGCUUCUGUGCUGGUUAAUUAUAUAGUUAUGUCUUUGAGAUUUUAAAAAAAAUAGGCCACAGAUUUUGCAUAAAAUCAGAUUUUGCAUAAAAUCAUUUAUUGCUACAUGUAAUGUUGUGGAAUGUCUGCAAAACAAAAUAAUUCCAAGUUAGUUAUCACUUACAUUGUAACAGCUAUAAACAUUUGUUCCCUGACCAGCCACUCUUUUUUCUCUACCUUGAAGUUAAUAAGACAAAAAAAGUGCAAAUUGUCAUGUCACUGAGAAAACAGAAGGUGCAAUGUCCUGAAGACUAUCCCGUGGUGGAAAACUUACUGACUGUUAUAAAGCGCUGACACUGGAGACUCCUUCAAUAAAUGUUAAAUAAACAUCUCCUUACAGAAAACUUCACCAUAUCAACGAUUAUGCAUUCUUCUUUCGUAAAUAGCAAAAUUACAUGAAGUAGCUGGUAUAAUAUACAGUGUGUAUGAAUAUCAUACUAUCCAAUACUAUACAUAUCCAAUUAAAUCAAGACUGUCAGUCACUAGCAUUUAAUUUACAGCCUAAUCAAGUGGAAUUCAUGUCGCACUGCAAUGCAGUCAUUACAGUAGAAAAAUGUGAAAUGUAAUUCAUGUAAUUCAUUACAUUGUUACCAUGAUGCUUGGUCUGUUUUCAAAUAAUGUCUAAAUAAUGAAAUGCCAUAUUUUUCAUACUUGAAUGCAAGCCACCUUGAAAUAAA